UAAUUCAUUCAAGAUACACAUCACAUUAUCUCUUCUCUAAUGGACCCACCAAGCACUAAACACUUUGUACUAGAAACUAAUACUACGAAGAUGGAGACUAAAUACGAAGACAUGCUACCGAUUAUGGCGGAGAAGAUGGACGUUGAAGAGUUUGUAUCAGAGCUAUGUAAAGGUUUCAGUUUGCUAGCGGAUCCAAAGAGGGAUCUGAUCACAACUGAGAGUUUACAGAGAAACUCAGGGAUACUUGGGAUUGAAGGAAUGAGCAAGGAAGAUGAAGAAGCAAUGGUUAGAGAAGGAGACCUCAACGGAGAUGGAGUUCUUAACCAAACCGAGUUCUGCGUUCUCAUGGUUCGGUUAAGUCCCGAGAUGAUGGAAGAUGCAGAGACUUGGCUGGAGAAAGCAAUCAGCCAAGAACUCUGAUGAUGAAAAAUCUUUUUCUUGUGCAAUGUUUCUGAAUAUUAAAAAUCUAUUUAGGCAAUGAACAAACUAAAUGAUUUAGAGAGAA